AUUGUAGUUCUCUCUUCUGUUUCACUCUUGUUUCUUACACUCUUUUAACGGUCAGUGUACGUUGCCUUUUGUUUUGGUCAUGCUUCAUUAGCGACCUUUUGUUUCUGACUUGGUUAAUUCCUGAGAAAUUCAAACUAAUUUUAUUUUGAUCUGCUUGGACAACGGGUUAUAUGUAUGUCUGUAUGUUUACUGUGUUUGGCUUUUUUUAUUUUUUAUUUUUUUAUAUAUUUUGGGGGUAGGAGGGGAGGGGAGGGGAGCUCAUAUGUUUGUCAACUCACUCUUUCCUAUAGGGAUUGACAUAGUCAUUUGACAUGUCUAAUGAAAGUUAAAGUAAUAAUGCAAGCAUUCUUUUGUCUUUUUGAAUGGAAAUUAUCCAAGUAUCUAUAUUAAACAGAAGUAUCCAAAGGAAAAACAAAAAACCUUUACAUCAUUAAACAUUUUUUCCAUCAUAAAGGAAAACCUUUGGCUGGAUCCAGUAUUUUUUGAGUCGAGUCUUGUGAGAUUUUAAAAUGGUUUGUUGAUAAAAGGAAUUAGCUGUUGUAUAAGUAAAGAGUCAAAGAAAAGAUUUUCAAAAGAAAGAAAUUGAACGUAUGGGGACCUUCUCUCAUUUACAUCCGAAAGAUUCUGGAGGACCUAACGUCUCUGAGUUUAUAGGACAAGUAUAUAUGUGUUCACUGUCAUCAUUCAGAUAUAUAUAGCUCAAAAGUGGUGGCUGCAGAGACUCCUGCCUAUUUAUUUGGUAGUUCUGGUAGUGAAGCACUGAAGCUAGAAUAUUCUGUUUGUGUGUGAAUUGACAACUUCUAGAAGUCUUACAGAAGAAUGUACAUUUACGUUUAUAGCAUGUUAUAUGCGGGUUAGGAGCAUGUCACAGGUUCCAACCCUUCCACAGGCAAAAACAUGAUAUUUGAGUGGAGAAGGGUAGAGGCAGGCCUAUUAUCCACCAUUUUCUGAACCGUGCGCCACUGGCAUGAGAUUUUUUCAGUUGAAAAAAAGAGAGAGAAAAGGAAUGUGCAUCCAUAUCAGCUUUCUUUGUGUCAUCUCUUCUUAUGCUUGCUCACAUUUAAUCUUCUUACUAGUUGGAUUUUCAAUGCCUGCCCUAUAUAUAAUUAUCACCUUAUUGUUAGCUGAAUAGCCGUCAUCUACGUUUGGCAUUACUAACACUCAUUGCAGAUAGGACUGGUGGUUGAUUUGACAAACACGGAUCGUUACUAUCCAGAAUCAGAUUGGACCAGUCACGGUAUUAGACAUGUUAAGAUUCGAUGCCCGGGUCAGGACUCUGUACCUGAUGAUGAGUCUGUAAAUAGAUUUAUUUCUGAGGUUGUGCAAUUUACAUCUCAAGAAUCUCAAGCAAGUAAGUAUGCUGUUGUCCACUGCACUCAUGGUCACAACCGAACAGGCUAUAUGAUUGUACAUUUUCUUGUACGUACUCAGUCAGUUAGUGUUAGUGAGGCUAUAACAACGUUUGCGCAAGCACGCCCUCCUGGAAUUUACAGACAGAAGUAUGUUGAGGCGUUAUAUGACUUCUAUUUACAAGCGAAGCCUGAACCUUUGGUUUGUCCCCAAACUCCAGAAUGGAAGAAAAAUUCUGAUCAAGAUAAUGAAGUUGUUGCUCCUUCUCUAAACAAAUAUGGAAAUCUGCUCUUAAAAUUUUCAUCUCCACACCAAGUAUCUAUCCAGAAUUUAAUUCCAGCAGCAUUGCCAACCUCCAGCCUUGUAUAUUGUAAGAUCUCAUCCCAUUCUUCACUUGUUUUUCUCCUGAUUGCUCCACAAACUUUCAAUUGUGAAGGAUUUUGCUUCCAUCUCUCUUUUUCACCAUAUAUUGCAUCUAACAUUUUUUGCCAGAUUUCCUCACUCCCCCGAAUAUAUCUCCAUAGCCAUUUAAAAGUAGGGCUUCUAUCGAUUAUCGUGCAUCUUCUGGUUCCUCACACCCAAAUCCCUGAUUUCUUAUCUCCAAUGACCACCUGCUACUUCACCAACUGAAUUUUCCUUUUAUUUGCAUUUCCA